AUGUUUUAUUUACAAAUACCUGAUAUAAAUGUACCAAUAUUCGAUGUGGAAGAUUCAGCUUUAUCUCGUUUGGAACAUUUUUCAACGUACGCUAAAUUAAGUGACAAACCAAAAUACUCUAUGUAUCUGAGAAACUCUACGCUUCUAGACUACACAGGAUUUCUGUGCCUUAGAACAUAUGCAAGUUUAACCGAUGACCGCACAUUAAAGGAGAUGGUCAUAGAAGGAGAAUGCCGUUUAAUCUCAGAACGUUUAAAUUUAUUGAAACCAAAUUUUUUAAGAAAAUACUUAAUAAAAAUAAUAGAUGAUAUUGGACUUUUUAGUGUUACUGAUGAUAAUAUUGAUGUAUUACUAAAAGUAUGUUCAGAAUACAAGGAUAAGCAACAUGUACCAUGUAAUGAAUAUUGUAGUACACAUUCAAUUGAAGUUCCUUGGCAAAAAUGCACUACGUUAGUUUCCAAUAGAAAAGUACAACUUAAUCAAGGCAUUGCCGUUGUACUCUGCAAUCAAUGGAAUAGUUUAUUAGUUGAUUUAUUUCGUUUAAUUUAUAUCAAAUCAUUACAUAAAAUCCGUCGUUCUAUGUCUGCCUUAGAUAAUACCAACUUACAAUGGGAAUAUCUUAAUGAGAAAUUAAAUAGGUAUUAUAAUUCUAAAAUAGCCUUUUGGAAAAAUAUUGAAGAACAGAUAUCUUUAGAGGAACUCAAUUUAAACAAAAUAUUAUUACCUCCUUGCAUGUUAUUGUCAUUAAAUUCAUUAUUCACAAACCAUCGCCUUGCACAUGAUCCACGUUAUCGAUUGACAUUGUUUUUAAAAGAUAUAGGAGUACCUUUAGAUGAGACUUUAAAAAUAUUUCAACAGGAAUAUUCCAAGUGUGGAAAUCUAAAAAGUACAUGCACACAUUCAUGGGAUGAACAUAACAAACAAAUAGAAUACAAUGUCCGUCAUACUUACGGUACGGUGGGGUCAAAAAAAAAUUAUCAAAUGACAACUUGUGUUUUAAUGCAGAAACAAAAUAUUCAAGUUUCUGAUGAAGGCUGCUGUCCAUUUGUGCAUUGUAGUGAAGAUAAAUUAAAAAGUAUCUUAGAAGAAUUUACAUCCAUUAAUGAUGUAGAAAUGAAUAUUUUAAAUGAUUUUAAAAAUAGUGAUCAACCUAUCCAAGCAUGUCAUUGGUAUGCACAAAAGUUGUUUCCUGCGUCAGAACCUCAAUAUCAUAAUACACCAACACAGUAUUUUUUCAAUUCAAAAAAAGUUAAAAAUUGUCCUAUAAUAGAUUAA